CAGAUUUCUGACAUGCUUUCUGUAUGUUCUGGUUGUACUCUGGGUUGUACUGAAGCCAAACAAGGUGAAAAUCUGAGAGAAAUUUAAGAAAACAAGGCUAAAUAUGCGUAGAAGUUCAAGAAUAGCCUCCAAGAUAGUGGAAGAUGUGUCGAAAGGACAAAGGAGAAAAAGAGAAGCCAGUGGUAGUUUAUCAGAACCUGAACAACAGACGGUAGUACACGUGAAAAAAACAGCCAAGAAGAAAACAAAAAUAGAACAGAAAACCAUCAUAACAACAGAAGAUACAGAAAUGAAACCUUUGAAACCUAAGGACGAGGUAGAUGCACAAUCCAGUACAAAGAGAAAGCCUCAAAAGGCAGUCAAAAGUGAUAAACAAGAAGCAACCAUUUCUGGCGCCAAAGGUGAUAAAGACGUGAAACCUUCCCCAAACAAAGUCUCUGUAAAGAAGAAGUUCAUUGGAGCCCAUGUGUCCAUCAGUGGAGGUCUCUACAAUGCAGUGUAUGGUGCUGUAGAGAUCGGUGCUAAAGCAUUCGGGAUGUUUUUAAGAUCACAGAGACAGUGGAAUAGCAAGCCCUUGGAUGAUAAGACCGCAGAAAGGUUCAGAGAAGCGUGCAAAGCUGAGGGUUUUUCGCCUCGUUAUAUUCUUCCUCAUGGUAUCUAUCUCAUGAACUGUGGCUCUCCUGAUGCCGAAACGCUUGAAAAAAGUCGAAAUGUUUUGAUAGAAGAGCUACAGAGAUGUGAAAAGCUUGGUUUGACAUUGUACAAUUUUCAUCCAGGAUCUACAUGUGGGAAGAUUUCUGUGGAAGAAUGCAUAGCCAGGAUUGCAGAGAGUAUUAAUAUUGCACACACCAAGACCAAAUAUGUGACUGCUGUGAUUGAAAAUAUGAGCUGUCAAGGCAACACGAUUGGAGGAAAGUUUGAAGAGAUCAAAGACAUCAUAGAUCAAGUAAAGGACAAGAGUCGUGUUGGAGUAUGCUUGGAUACAUGUCAUACCUUUGCUGCAGGAUAUGAUAUCUCUACCAAGAAAGGCUAUGAAAGUGUAAUGCAGGACUUUGGCAGGAUCAUUGGUUUCAAAUAUCUAAAGGGAAUGCACUUGAAUGACUCUAAAGGUGAAGUGGGAUGUCAUCUGGACAGGCAUGAGAAUAUUGGGAAAGGAAAGAUUGGGAAAGAAGGGUUUCAACGUCUAAUGCAAGAUUCAAGAUUGAAUGGAAUCCCAAUGAUUUUAGAAACUCCUUGUGUUUCUGAUAUGACAUAUACAAAAGAAAUAAAGACUCUCUAUUCCAUGGUGGCAUGACUGCUAUGUGGA